AUGCCGGUGAGAAGAGGUCACGUUGCGCCACAAAACACUUUCCUUGGAAUGAUUAUUCGGAAAUUCGAGGGUCAGAACCGGAAAUUUGUGAUAGCCAAUGCCAGGGUGGAGAACUGUGCAAUAAUAUACUGCAACGACGGCUUCUGUGAGAUGACAGGCUUCUCGAGACCGGACAUCAUGCAGAAGCCGUGCACCUGCGACUUCCUCCACGGUGACCUGACCGACAAAGAGGCCAUCAGCCAGGUGGCCCAGGCUGUGUUUGGGUCCGAGGAGCGCAAGGUGGAGAUCACCUACUACCGCAAGGAUGGGUCGGACUUUCAGUGUAAUAUUCAUGUAAUCCCUGUGAAAAACGAGGAGGGAGUGGUGAUGAUGUUUAUCAUAAAUUUUGAUUACAUCGUGGAUGAGGAAAGCGACAACUCCACAGAGAAGAUAAGCCCGACGUCCCCUACAAAGUCAGAUCAAAGGAGGAGUAGAUUCUUUCGCUUCCGCCAGGCUGCGUUAAGCCUAAUGAAUACCAAGCAAUCUCUUCCACAAGAGGACCCAGAUGCUGUGAUGGUGGACCCGCCCAGAGAGAACGAGGGCUCAGUGGCCCUUCAGAGCUUCCCCUCACCCACCAAGAGCAUUUGCAGUCCCAUUGAGACCAAUGACACGCGUGGCCUCAUAGGCUCAAGCCACCACUCUUCCCAGGCUAGCAUCGGCCCUGAGCCACUUGACCAUUCAUCCCCUAAACUCCCGUGGGAGAAGCUGUACCAGACAGAGCCACACCAGUCCUCCAAUACCCUGUCAAACACCUUCCCCAGAGGCAGCAUCAACAGCAUGAGGCGAGCCUCAUCCGUCCAUGAAAUUGAGGCCUACAGCUCCAAUUCCAAAAGCAUAUUCAGGGAUCGUCAUACCAGUGAAGGCCCAUUUAAUAACGUGAAGCCCAGCCUGCUUGGCUCUACCUCUGACUCUAACAUCAACAAGUAUAGCACCAUCCACAAGAUCCCUCUGAUUGCACUCAACUUCUCUGAGGGGGCCGAAAAGAAGACUCAUUCUCCGCCAACAUCCGACAAUGCCAUCAUAGCACCAAAGGUCAAAGACAGAACUCACAAUGUCACAGAAAAAGUCACACAGGUCCUGUCACUAGGAGCUGAUGUGCUACCGGAGUACAAACUCCAGACAGCCCGCAUCGAUAAGUUCACCAUCCUCCACUACAGCCCCUUCAAAGCAGUGUGGGACUGGCUGAUCCUGUUGCUGGUGAUCUACACAGCAAUCCUCACUCCCUACUCUGCUGCUUUUCUUCUCAAUGACACUGAGGAGCAGAAGAGGCGUGAAUGCGGAUACUCCUGCAGCCCUCUCAAUGUAGUGGAUUUAAUAGUUGACAUAAUGUUCAUCAUUGACAUCCUCAUAAACUUCAGGACCACCUACGUAAACCUGAAUGAGGAGGUGGUCAGCGAUCCAGCUAAGAUCGCAAUCCAUUACUUUAAAGGCUGGUUCCUUAUAGACAUGGUGGCGGCGAUCCCUUUUGACCUUCUCAUCUUUGGCUCAGGAUCCGAUGAGACCACCACUCUGAUUGGCCUGUUGAAGACAGCUAGGCUCCUGCGAUUGGUGCGUGUAGCUAGGAAGCUGGACCGCUACUCUGAGUAUGGUGCUGCAGUCCUCAUGCUGCUCAUGUGCAUCUUCGCCCUCAUUGCCCACUGGCUAGCCUGUAUAUGGUACGCCAUUGGUAAUGUGGAGAAGCCCUACUUGGAGCACAAGAUUGGCUGGCUGGACAAUCUGGGCGUGUCCAUAGGAAAGAGAUACAACUACAGCGAUCCAAACUCCGGUCCCUCUAUCAAGGACAAGUAUGUCACAGCACUUUACUUCACCUUCAGCAGUUUGACCAGCGUGGGCUUUGGAAAUGUUUCCCCAAACACCAACUCAGAGAAAAUCUUUUCCAUCUGUGUGAUGCUGAUUGGCUCCCUCAUGUAUGCCAGUAUUUUUGGAAACGUCUCUGCCAUCAUCCAGAGGUUGUACUCGGGUACAGCUAGAUAUCAUGCUCAAAUGCUACGGGUCAAGGAGUUCAUACGCUUUCACCAGAUUCCCAACCCACUGAGGCAGAGACUGGAGGAGUACUUCCAACACUCCUGGGCCUACACCAACGGCAUUGAUAUGAACACGGAGGUGUUAAAAGGUUUUCCUGAGUGCCUGCAGGCGGAUAUCUGCCUUCACCUCAACAGGAAUCUUCUUCACAACUGCAAAGCGUUCCAAGGAGCCACCAAAGGCUGCCUAAGGGCCUUGGCCAUGCACUUCAAAACCACUCACGCCCCUCCUGGAGACACUCUGGUCCACAGUGGUGAUGUGCUCACCGCUCUCUACUUUCUAUCCCGUGGCUCUAUUGAGAUCCUGAGAGAUGACAUUGUGGUAGCCAUUCUGGGAAAAAAUGACAUCUUUGGAGAAAUGAUCCAUCUCUUUGCAAAGCCUGGGAAGUCCAAUGCUGAUGUGCGAGCUCUGAGUUACUGUGACCUGAGCACCAUUCAGAGAGAAGAUCUGCUGGAGGUGAUAGACAUGUACCCAGAGUUUGCUGACUCCUUCUUCAACAACCUGGAGCUUACCUUCAAUCUCAGAGAUGAGUCUCCAAAGCCCUCAGGCUCCCAAGGCGGUGAUUCAGAUGGCGAGGGCAGUAAGAGCAUUAAAAGAAGGAUCUCCUUCACACCAGAUGUAUCUAAAGGGGACAACAAGGAAGUGGUUAAAGACUUGAGGAGGGAGAGGGGAUCUAAUUCGUGCCUAAAGAGAAGUUCAGAAGUCCUGGGUUCCUCUCCACACAGUGCCCCAGUCCUGAAUUCAAGUCUUAUUGUCAGAGACAACGUGGAGAGAAGACCAUCUUUUGAAGAUCUGUGCUGUGAUAAAUGGGCCUGUAAGAAGCCUGCAGACUACCUGGAUGAGUCAGCACAGUUCCAGGACCUGAGAGAGGAUGAUAACUCUGCCAGUGAGAUCACGUAUGGAGAAGUGGAACAGCGCUUAGGUCAGCUUCAGGAGCACUUAAACAGGCUGGAGACGCAGCUUAUGACAGAUAUUCAGACCAUCCUACAGCUGCUACAGAGACAACCAACACUGGGACCUCCAGCCUACAGCACUGUGACUGCCAGCCCAGACUAUCACAGACCUGCUGUGAAGGUUCAGCCAGUUGCUCUGACUGCAAGCCAUUUUUUCAGCCAUACAGGAACUCAAGGCCCCAACCACAAACGGGAGAGGGCCAUUCAGGAAUCCAAAGACUCUCUGUCGAGCUUGGCCAACGUGAAUGCGCCUCUCGAGGGCAGCCUUACAGCAUUGCUUGUACAAAGACAUACAGAGCCACAACAGCAGCAACAACAGAUCACAGGGCAUCAACAGUCUUCACUGAUUCUUCUUCCAACUGAGACCUCUUCCGCCACCUCCUCCUCUUCCUCCCCAGCCCCUUCUGACUCCAACCUCAAUACCACUGGACUCCACAGACCUGUCUCAGACCAAGAGUUUCCAGGGCCAUAAACUUUUU